GGGUUGGGUGACCUUCACAGUUAGAGAUGUUUAUAAUUUUCACAGUAAUCAAAAACAAGAUUUUUUCAUUUUCUGAAUAAUUUAAGUCAAACAAUAUUAAUAAUUCGAUAAUUUCUUGAAAUAACGUUUCGGUAUGAAUAUCGAGGAAAAAGAUGAAGAAAAAGAAGGAAAAAAGCCGAUAAUUGUUAGAAAUUCAACAGAUCUACAACGUCUGAAGCUGGAAAAGUUGAUGAGAAAUCCAGAUAAACCAGUCUUAAUUCCAGACAGACCAAAAGAAAGAGGAAUGCCCAAUGUUCCAGAUUUUGUUAGAAAUGUUAUGGGAUCUAGUGCAGGAGCAGGUUCUGGUGAAUUCCAUGUCUACAGGCAUUUACGAAGAAAGGAAUAUGCUCGACAGAAAUAUAUGAAAGAAAGAGCAGAAAAGGAUAAAUUAGAAGAAGAGUACCAUGUUAAAUUGGAAGAAAAUAAAAAACUUGCAGAAGAGAGGACAGCUAGAAAACGAUUGAAGAGACUCAAAAAGAAAAAGACAAAAAAAAGCAACACAAAGAAAAUCAAAUCUACUGAGCCAAAACAAUCGUCAUCAUCAGAAGAAAGUGAUAACUGUACAACUACAGAAGAUGAAAGUGCAAAGGAAAGUUCAGACUACAAUGAGGCACAUCAAAAAUCUGAAAGCCAAACUGUGGAACAAGAAAAUGUUAGUGAUGUUAUAUCACUUGUAUCAAAUAAUACAGGUAUUUCUGAGGAAAGUAGUAAGGAAAAUAUUCAGUGAAAAUAUAUUGCAGUGUAUCAUUUAUUUCACUUUCACUUUUUCUCAUCAUAUGUUGUAAGUUGAAACUAUUUAUUGUUGCACAAUAUAUUGUAUUUUCUUAUAGAAUUAUUUCAGAAACACACAAAUAAAUGGUGAUUUCAUGAG